CAGUCCGUCUGGUCCGGGCAGCCGGCGGGGGAGGUGGCGGUUUCAUGGCAGCUGCGGUGCCCGGCGCCCCCGCCCCUCUUCAUGUGGUGACUCGGGGAGAGAAGGCCGGGCCCGCGGGGUUCGGUCCCCCGCCCCCCUGAGGAGGCGGCUGGGGAGCCGCUAUGGCAGCGCCGCACAGAUGAAACUUUGACUUUCCUGAAGGGUGUUCCUGUGGAUUUUGCGAAUGAACAUCCCUGAUACCCUCAGCUUUCCUGAGAUGGCAAGUCCAGCAGUCAGCCCAGACUCUUCCUCCCACGAGGCUCUUUCUUCUAUCAACUCUGCGCCCACCUGCUCCCCCACCUCAGAUUCAGAGAACCUAAGCCCAGAUGAGCUGGAGCUGUUGGCAAAGCUGGAGGAGCAGAACAGGCUGCUGGAAGCAGAUUCCAAGUCCAUGCGCUCCAUGAAUGGCUCCCGCAGGAACAGCGGUUCCUCCUUAGUCUCCAGCUCCUCAGCCUCCUCAAACCUGAGCCACCUCGAAGAGGACACCUGGAUCCUAUGGGGGAGGAUUGUCAAUGAAUGGGACGAAUGGCGGAAGAAGAAAGAAAAACUGCUGAAGGAGCUCAUACGGAAAGGAAUCCCACACCACUUCCGCGCCAUCGUAUGGCAGCUGCUGUGCAGUGCCACAGAUAUGCCUGUCAAGAACCAGUAUUCAGAGCUGCUGAAGAUGUCUUCCCCCUGUGAGAAGCUGAUCCGGAGGGAUAUAGCCCGCACAUAUCCUGAGCAUGAGUUCUUCAAGGGACAGGACAGCCUAGGCCAAGAGGUCCUUUUCAAUGUCAUGAAGGCCUAUUCCCUAGUGGACCGUGAGGUUGGAUAUUGUCAGGGCAGCGCAUUCAUCGUGGGAUUGCUGCUAAUGCAGAUGCCGGAAGAAGAGGCUUUCUGUGUGUUUGUGCGACUGAUGCAGGAAUAUCGAUUACGAGAGCUAUUCAAACCAAGCAUGGCUGAGCUGGGCCUCUGCAUCUACCAGUUUGAGUACAUGCUGCAGGAGCAGCUGCCUGAGCUGAACAUCCACUUCCGCUCCCAGAGUUUCCUCACCUCCAUGUACUCGUCAUCCUGGUUUCUCACCCUCUUCCUCACGACCUUCCCUUUGCCUGUUGCCACCAGAGUGUUUGAUAUCUUCAUGUAUGAGGGGCUGGAGAUCGUCUUCCGUGUGGGGAUGGCCCUCCUGCAGUUCAACCAGGCAGAGCUGAUGCAGCUGGAUAUGGAGGGGAUGUCGCAGUAUUUCCAGAAGGUGAUUCCUCAUCAGUUCGACAGUUGCCCGGACAAGUUGAUCCUGAAGGCAUAUCAGGUCAAAUACAACCCCAAGAAAAUGAAGAGGCUGGAGAAGGAGUAUGCUGCAAUCAAAAACAAAGAGAUGGAGGAGCAGAUUGAGAUCAAAAGGCUCCGGACUGAGAACCGCCUCCUGAAGCAGCGGAUUGAGACCCUGGAGAAGGAGAGUGCUGCCUUGGCAGAUAGACUGAUCCAGGGCCAAGUCACCCGCGCGCAGGAGGCCGAAGAGAAUUACAUCAUCAAGCGAGAGUUGGCGGUGGUGAAGCAGCAGUGCAGCUCAGCCACGGAGAACCUGCAGAAGGCCCAGAGCACCAUCCGGCAGCUGCAGGACCAACAGGGAAACCCCCGGUUCACAGAGGAGUUUGUGAAUCACCUGGAAACAGAGCUGGAGCAAUCACGUCUGAGGGAGACGGAGACACUGGGCGCACUCAAGGAGAUGCAGGACAAAGUGCUGGACAUGGAAAAGAAGAACAGCUCGCUGCCCGACGAGAACAACGUGGCCCGUUUGCAGGAGGAGCUCAAGGCAUUGAAGGUACGCGAGGUGGCGGCGCUGAGCUCACUCAAGGACCUACAGCUGCAGGUGAAGGAUCUCAACGACAGCUGGCAGGCUCAUCUGUCGCGGACAGGCGGGCGCUGGAAGGAGUCCCCCCGCAAGAACACCAUGAACGACCUCCAGGACGAGCUGAUGACCAUCCGCCUGCGGGAGGCCCAGGCCCAGGCAGACCUCCGUGAGCUGCGGCAGCGGCUGGUGGAGCUUGAAACCCAGGAACAGAUUCACAGUAAUCUGCUGAACCGGACGGAGCAGGAGUGCCUAGGGCUGCAGGAGAAGCUGCAAUACCUCACUGCCCAGAACAAAGGGCUGCAGACGCAGCUGAGUGAGACCAAGCGCAAGCAUGCGGAGUCCGAGUGCAAGAGCAAAGAAGAGGUGAUGGCGGUGCGGCUGCGGGAGGCCGACAGCAUGGCAGCCGUGGCAGAGAUGCGGCAGCGGAUCGCUGAGCUGGAGAUCCAGAGGGAAGAAGGGAUGAUCCAGGGCCAGCUGAACAACUCGGACUCCUCCCAGUACAUCCGGGAGCUCAAGGACCAGAUUGAUGAGCUCAAGGCUGAGAUCCGGCUGAUGAAGGGCCAGAAGCCCUUUGAGGACUCCAUGGGCUUUGAUGGCAUCCACAUUGUGAGCCACCUGGCAGUGGACGAGGACUCGCUGCACUCCUCAGAUGAGGAGCUGCUGACCAACCCCAUGGUGGUGGGCGCGCUGCAGGACGUGUUGUACCCGCUCUCACCCUGCAAUGCUCGCUUCCUGCGGGGCAUGGAGAGCUCCGGCAAGGAGAGCGACGGCUCCACGGACAGUGAGCCCGAGGACCCCACCUCCACCGCGGAGGCCGACGGCGAGAUGGAGCCGCAGAUCAUCUUUGGAGAGGCCCUCAGCAAGUGAGAGGAGAUGCCGAUGCCAGGGGGAUCCUCCCAUCCACCAAAUGGGCACUGAGCGCACAGCCCGGAGAGAAGAGACUCCUCUCCUUGGCGCUCUCAGUAGCGGCAGGUGGGGGAGAUCAUAGACCCAAUACAAUGGCUGGGCACUUUGAUUGUUGUCUGCACUGCCUUUCUCCUGCUCUGUCAUCACCAGUAGUUACACUCCGACUCCAUUGAGUAACCCUCAUUCGCCCCACCCCGCCCCUAAUGCCUCCUUCUUGUAUUGCCCUCCCCCAAAAGUUUGCACACUUGAGAACUCAGCUCAGUGUCAUUGUGAGCAAGGGUGGAAGCAGCAAGGCCACUGGAUAUCCAGGCCCAAUGACCAUCCACCAAGUCUGAGCACCUGUGGGCAACUGGCCAACAAACCAUUCCCUCCCCUCCACACACAGAGGGCGGGAAGUUGGGUCCCUUUUCCUUUUAUUUAAAUGUGUGUCCCCGAUGAUCCCGAGAGCAUCUGCUCGGAGAGGGGAGAGUUGGAGGCCUUCAUAUCCCUAUUCCCAAGGGAGCUCUCCCCAGGAUGGGAAGGGCCCGGUGCGGGGGAUUCUGGAUUGAGGAGCCUGCUUGGUUACGUGAGAGAUUAUAUUUUAUUUUUGUUCUCCAGAUGUUAUUUAUUUAAACUGUUAUGAUGCCAACUGGGCUCCCCUCAGGGAGCUCCACACUAAGCUUUAAGUUCUAGGAAAUUACACUGACGUGUCAUAAGGGAAUCUGUGGGAGCAGCGUUCUGCCCUGCUGCCUUCCUGUCCUCCAUCCGUAAUGGAGCUGCACCAGUCUCCUGCACCAUUACGUUCUCCAGAAGGUGUUGUAACUGUUGCCUUUCUCUUCUGCUCCAUAUGGCAAACUGCAGGGUUUCCAACCUCCCUGUCUGGAGAGGGCUAUGUGGAAACAAAUCCCCUACCCUGAGAACCACCUGAAACCUCGUGUCCCGACCAAGAUCUGUCUGGUACACAGCAAAGGUGCCGGGUAAGCAGGAGCAAUUUUGAGAGGAGCAUAGAGAGGAGUCCCCAGCUGGGAAUCAUCUGGAGGACGUUUGUUUCUAUGCAUGAUGGGGCUUCACCUCCCUCAGGCAGCCUGGCCUGUGUUCCUCUGAACUGGCUCUCCCAGCUCUGCAGCUGGCACCAUGUUUCCAUAGCCCUGUGAGAUGCCCCCAGUCUGCCAGAGCUGUAAGGAGAUUUGGAGUGAUGGAUGAAGGGCAUGCGCAGCCCAGCAAGUCCUGGUCAGAUGAUGGAAAUGCCCACUCCUUGGAGUAGCCCUUAGUAGAGAGCUCAGCUCCUAAUCAGAGAGGAAACCCAAGCUACUUAUCUCCAAAUGGGCCACCCUGGGUCAGAAUUGCUGAACCAUUCACCACUUCGAAGCCUGCCCGGUGAUCAGGCAGCAGGUGAAACAGCUUCCUUGGGAUGGAGCCAGUCUGCAAACGUGAUCCCUGUUGAAGGAAUUGUCCAAUUAAGCUCUGCCUGCGGUGCCCCCACCUUGGCCAGCAGCAUCGUUCUUGGCAGCAGUGCCCAUCUAGUAUCAUUUCUAUGGAAGAGCCGGCCAGGCCCACCACCACAGCCCUUCACCCAAAGAGCUUUGCUUGCAGUCUGCAAGCCAGCUCCUCAGCUGGUGCAAAUCCCCAGAGCUCUGCUGCAGUAAAUGGCACUACACUGAUCUACACCAGCACAGGAGCUAGUCUGUUUUGUCUACAGCUCUGACUCCUAAUUUCCACUACAAAAGGGUACAGAUUGCGCUUCCAUUUGUUUGUGACAGAGUCCGAGUAUUGCAUCACGUCCUGCUGGUGGAGAGAUGCCAUGGAGCUGCAAGCACCUGAGGCUGUAGUGUCGGGUCAUUUCCACCCCCUCUGUGCAGCAGCAGCACAGCUCCAUUCUAACACCCCUUCGGGGAGCACAGAUGGAAGAUGAAAGGCGAGAUCUCCAGGACUGGCUGCUCCCACCAGGGAUGGAAGAUCUUGGGUGGCUGGGAUGAAGGCUGAAUUUCCCAGGCACCUGGAUGGCAAACAAAGGCAGUGGGGCUCAGGACCAGAGUUCACGUGGUGCUGGGACAUGGCGGGAGGGCCCUUUUGGGGCCAUUGUCAUGUCUCUGGGAGAGACUGAUGCUGCUAGGCACCAGUGGCUGCUUUAAAACCUUGAGCGCAUGGGAUGCUUUGUUGCCUAUUGGCUGUUCUAUUUAUGGAGAGCACCAGCCAUCGAGAGCAGCCUGUGCACAGACCUGCUCAGGCAGAGAGAAGAACGAUGCAAGGGGUGUGGAGCUGGCUGGAUCCAUCAGUCCCCGCGGAGAUUAUCUGGCUUGCUCUCUUAUGGACUUGAGUUUUAUUUCCUCUGGCCCUUUCUUUCUUUCUUUCUUUCUUUCUUUCCAUCCUGCCCCUUGUAUUUCCCUUGUGCUCUCUGAAUUCAGUAAACCCGGACAUCCAGCAGCUGAGGAAAACCCAUUCCCAUGGGUGGCUUGGCCUGAUUUCCUCUCCGGCCGAUUGCAAACGUCACUUUCAAUGGACUACACCUCCAACCCUCCCCCGCCAACAGGUAUUUCCAGAGCUUUCCCCUUCCCCACUGGCGUAUUAAGUUCACUCGGUCUGUUUCCAAAGGAGGGAUGCCGUGGACCUCCCAGCUUGGCAGAACCUUCCCCCAUAUCCUAAACCUUCCCCUUCUGAAAUGGAAAACAACAGCCCCAGUGGACCUGAAUGCUUGGACUGAGCCCCUCACCGUUCCAUCACGUCACUGGACUGGAGUAUUGUGUAUACUUAUAUAAAUAUGCCUGGGAGGGGCUUUGGUUGGGUAUUUAUAAUCUGUACAUUUUAAUAUAUAUAUUAUAUAUAUAUA